AUGGGAGAGGCUGAAAAGGGUCUUUUCUCGGUCAUAGAGAAACUGAAGGGUAAAACCGAGCAGGAGCUGAGGAUUGUUCUUCUGGGUCUGGACAACGCGGGCAAAACCACCCUGCUGAAGACGCUAGCCUCGGAGGACGUCAACACCAUCACGCCAACGCAGGGCUUCAACAUUAAGAGCGUGACCACCAACGGCAUGAAGCUCAACGUGUGGGACAUCGGAGGCCAGAGGAAUAUUCGCACCUUCUGGAAGAAGUACCUGGAGAACACAGAUUUGCUGAUAUACGUCAUAGACAGCGCAGACAAGAAGCGAUUUGAAGAGACGGGACAGGAGCUCUCCGAGCUGAUUGAUGAGGAGAACCUGAAGGGCGUGCCCAUUCUCAUCUUUGCCAACAAGCAGGACCUGGCCACGGCCUCGCCCGCCAGCGAGAUCGCCGAGGGACUCAACCUGCACACAUACCGAGACCAUGAGUGGCAGAUCCAAGCCUGCUCAGCACUGACAGGAGAGGGGGUGCAGGAUGGCAUGAACUGGUUUUGCAACAGCAUUGUAAAUAAGAAGAAAUGAACCCAGGGAAACCCGGCCUCCACCACAGUGCUCUGGAGA